AGCAGAAUAUAGUUGUUCUAGUCGAUGAAGGUGCGAAAUGUGCGGUGGUUGUUUGGGUGUCUAGGUGCUAAGUAUACAGCUGACUUCGCAUUGAUGCAACUGUGUGCUUUAAAUAAAGCCUCAUGAGUGAAAACGCGUGUAUACAGACCGAAUUCCACAUCAGAAGCCUCUUGAAUGAGUGUCGCUGAAAGCUGACAUGACCCUUGAAGAUCCAUUCUUUGUAGUCAAAGAUGAAGUAUGCAAAGCUUUAAACAAAACGAGAGGAUUGUAUCGUCGUUGGCUUGAGCUACAUGAUGACCCAGGUAACAGUGUAUCAAAAGAUGAAUUGGAAUGGACUACAACAGAACUACGAAAUGCGCUUCGCAGCAUUGAAUGGGAUCUAGAAGAUUUGGAAGAUACUAUUGGCAUUGUCGAGAAAAAUCCAGGAAAAUUUAAAAUUGACAACAAGGAAUUGAGCAGCCGAAGGAAUUUUAUAGACCAAACACGAGACGAAGUGAAGACAAUGAAAGACAAGAUGAACAUUUCAAGAGGUAGAGACAGGGAUCGCACUGCAAGACAGCCUCUUCUUGAGAACAGUCCUGUGAGAGUGCCAUCUACUCAUGGAACAACAAAAUAUUCAAAACUGGAAAAUGAACUGGACAGUCCCAACAGACAAUUCUUAGAUGAUACUCUGCAGCAACAGAACCAUAUGCUCCGUAGUCAAGAUGAACAAUUGGAUAUAAUCAGUGACUCUGUGGGAACCCUUAAAACAGUAUCCAGGCAGAUUGGGAAUGAACUGGAUGAGCAAGCAGUGAUGCUUGAUGAAUUUGGUAAUGAAAUGGAAAACACUGAUUCAAAACUUGACUCUACAAUGAAAAGAGUAGCUAAGGUUUUCCAUAUUUCAAAUGAUCGAAGACAAUGGAUUGCUAUUGGAGUACUGUCGGGAAUAAUGGUUAUUGUCAUCAUCCUGUUCAUCUUUACAUGAGGAGACCUACAAGCAGAUUUGUGACAGUGCAUGAAUUUGUGUUUUAUUUUCUUUAUACUGCUGCAUACAAGAAGAAAAAGGAAUUUUGGCACUGAGUGUGUAACAUUCUUUGUGCAAUAACUGUUACAAAAUAGUUAUAAAUCAUUGUUAUAUACAUUGUUGAAUAACAUUGGGGGCUAGGAUCACACAGUUAAAUUUCUGAUUUUUCAUAUGAAAGUGUAAGUAUUACUGAAGGGGUGCUUUAUUAUUUAUACAAGGUUUUUAUUCAUAGCUUAUAGGAUUUUAUAAAUUAGUUUUACUGUGCGUGUGAUACAGCACUUUACCUAACAUUCAAAAUAUGAUCAAGAAGUAAAACUGUACUUACAGUGUGUUACUACAAAGUACAUACUGAGAUUUAAAUAGUGAGUCAGCAGUUUUGUUUGCAGUUUACAUUUAUUUUCUGUAAAUUCGCAGGUGAUGCAAAUAAUGUAUAAUGUAUAUAAUAGAAAUAAAGAAAAUAAUUCUAAGUGCUGUUUUAUGCAUAAAGUUGCAAAACAUUUUAUUAACUCAAAAGACUAUUUGGUGCCAACCAUCAACUUAACCUUUAAUUCUAGAGAUAAUCAUCUGGUAUGUGCAAAAGAUGUAGAUGGCAGGUAAUAUAAAAACUUAAUGUACUGGAAUUAUUAGUGUUACUUAUAUGAAAAGAGGAUUUUCACAAUUAAUAUGAGAAAAAUACCAGUAGAUAUAUAUAGAUAAGGUGUGCAUCUGUACCAUCUGUUUGGUAAUGGAUUUGAUUUGAAUUACUUGCAAAUAAAAAGGGACUUUAAUCACAGCAAAAGAAAAGUUCUAGAUAGAAUCAGAUCCUCUCGCAACAAAAAUCAAGUGGGACAUGUUACUCAGAGGAGCUUCAUGAUAUAAGUGAGAGCUUCAAAAUGUAAAUAAUUUCACAUUGUCACUUUGAAAGAUGGCACAAAUUUCAGAGGGUUAUUUGUACAGGGAGAAAUUAAUUUGCAUUCUCUGAAUGAUCCAUGUACAAAUGAAAUGUAUGGACUGUGUUACUCCAAUUUCCUUAGGUACUUAUAAGUCUUUUAAUAGUGUGUAAGAUUUUAUUUAUGCUUGUCUACUACAAUAUUACAAUAAAGUAAAUAGUUAAAACUGAUCAUUUUCAGUUAUCCUCUAGGGAACAGCUGUAUUAUAUUUUACUGUUUUAAAUUUAUGGUGCUGCUACACUGUAUUGUUAUGCACACUCUUUACUGUUCCUUUAUAUUACAGUAUUCUGUAGUUAAGUUUCUUUCAAUGAUACUUCGUGUAAUUUUGUAAAUACCUCAUUUAGUUGUGAUUUAUACUGGUAUGAACAUUGUGUAAAAGACUGACUGACAUUUGCCUGCUUUAAAUGUGUAUUUGCAUAUGCUACAUUGGUAUUGGCAUAAAAUUUUCAUUGUUUGUUUCCAGUACAAAUGAAUUGUUCAUAAUAAUUAAUUUUGAACUGUGGGUGACAGAUGCAGAAUUUGCCAGUGUCAAGAAUAAGAGCAGUAUCACACAGUAAAAUAACAAUUUGUAAUUUCAAAAUAGUGUAUCAAAAUCAUUUGUUUAGUAUAGUAAAUCCAUCAGAGAAAGCAUUCA